GGCCAGGAGGGGGGGCACCUCCCGCCUCUCGGGGCAUCAUCCUCGAAGCCGGUUUCGGCUCCCCAGGUCCCCCGAGCGCGCGCUUGGACUGGUGCGCAGCCCGCGCUGCGUCUCCGCGCCAUGAAGACGAGGGUGCUCCUGGGCAUGUCCAGAGGGCGUCUCGGUGGCGCUUCCGCCUGGCUCGCGAGAGGCCCGGGGUUUCUCCGCUUCUCACCCUCUCGCGGGCCGCCCUGCUGCAAGGGAAGCCGGCGCGGUGGGCCGAGGGAUUCCCUCGCCCACGCCCAGGUAGUGACGCAUCCGCGGCCGCCCGGGGAAACGUGAGUGUCGGAGGUCCGGGGCCGCCCCGCCCUGAGCGUGGCAAGUGCUCCUGGUGGCCAGUGCAAAGUUUAAAAGCUCUCUCUCGCCUGCCUGCCUGCCUGCCUCUCUGGAGUCGGAAACCUUCACCGGUUGAACUGCGCUCCUAGGAAGCAGCCGGCUUUGGAAGGACGCAACAUGUCGACAACCGGAGGCAAGGUCUACCUGGUGACGGGCGGUUGUGGGUUUCUGGGGAAACGCCUGGUCCGGAUGCUUCUGGAGAAGGAGCCCGACCUUGCCGAAGUGCGCGUCUUCGACUUGCACCUGGAUGAAAGCAUGCAUCAGCUGGACAGAGGUAAGGUGGUCCUGAUCAAGGGGAACAUCGGCAACCUGCAGGAAGUGGAGGCCGCGGUGAGAGGAGCCCACGUGGUCAUCCACGCGGCCAGCCUGGUGGAUGUUUGGGGCCGGUUCCCGCCCUCAAAGAUCGGAGAGGUCAACGUACACGGAACCCAGAAUGUGAUUGAGGCGUGUGUGACACAAGGCACCCAGUACCUGGUUUACACCAGCACCAUGGAAGUGGUGGGGCCCAACGCCAAAGGAGACCCCUUCUACAGGAAAGACGAAGACACCAAAUACGAAGUCAUUAACCACAAGCCCUACCCAAUGAGCAAAGCCAAGGCGGAGAAACUCAUCAUUGAAGCCAACGGGCGGCCAAUCCAGGGUGGGAAGAAGCUGGUCACCUGCGCCCUUCGGCCAACGGGCAUCUAUGGGGAGGAACAUCCUCUGAUGAAGGAAUUCUACGAGAAAGGGCUGGCCACAAAACGCUGCAUGAUCCGGACCAUCCCGGCCUCUACGGAGCACGGCAGGGUCUACGUGGGCAACGUGGCUUGGAUGCAUUUGUUGGCAGCCCAAAAGAUGCAGGAGACCCCCUUGGCCAUCGGGGGCCAGGUUUAUUUCUGCUACGAUGCCUCUCCGUACAAAAGCUAUGAGGACUUCAACAUGGAGUUCCUGGGGCCCUGUGGCUUCCGCCUCCUGGGCUCCCGGCCCCUCCUGCCCUUCUGGCUCCUCUACUGCAUGGCCUGGUUCAACGCCCUCUUGCAGUGGCUGCUGAAACCCUUCUACACCUACGCCCCCCUCCUCAAUCCCUACACCCUGACGGUGGUGAGCACCACCUUCACGGUGAAGACCGACAAGGCCCAGCAGCAGUUCGGCUACCAGCCCCUCUACACCUGGGAAGAGAGCCGGGACCGGACCGUCAAGUGGAUAAAGGAGAUAGACGCCCAGAGGCAUGCUGGGAAAUAGCCACCUGGCAUUGGGGGAGGGGGACAGAGAAUCCCAGCCAAAGAUUCAGAGGAAUCCAUCUGUGGGUGCUGCUGCUGCCCGAGUUGCUCAGUAAAAAGAUCUUUUCCCUCAGAAUUGAAAUUUCCUAUAUCCGGAGGACGUGGUUGUAUCCGACCGUGAACUGUGCUAUGCACUUGUCGGUAUUAAUUUCUGAAAACAUGGCGUCUGUGCACAUCUCCUUCAGGAUUAGUAAACUUUUUUUUUUCCCUGUGCAAGUAUGCCAGUACCUUGCGCAAGGUCCUACAAGAUGCUGUCAUUUUGGGGUGCAGCCAAAGAACGCGGCUGCCUCCCCGGAUUUUGUUCGUAGCAUGUGAAUCGGCUUGGGGUAGUGGUCGCAUGCAUUGGCACCCAGUUCCCAAAUCCUCACUUAAGUCUGGGAUUUCCUUUAGUCUCGUGACGUGAAAGAUCUGGUCCUCUGAUAGGCUGGGUUGACGUCCACCUAUCACUGAGUCUUGCGCUAUUGUGUUAUAAGCAGUUGUUCACAACUGGACUGACUGCAAAAAACCAAACAGUAGGGAUGGCUGAAAUCUGGGACGUGUGGAAGAGACUGGCAACUGAUUCUUGGGUUUUCCCUUCCGAUAUUGUAUAUCCUUGUAAAAA